AUGACUGUUGAUGAUUCAAUUCUAGAUGAUAUUUUUAAGACUUUAGGAUCAGAUAACAUCCUUGAUAAAAAGCAUGAAUUCGAUCAACUAUGCCAAAACAAUCAAAAUUCUAUCAAUACAUUAACUCAAGAACUGAAUGAUAUUCAUAUUGACAUAGAAAAUUCAGCUAAGACAAAUGAAAUAGCCGAAGAUGAUAUCAAAGCAGAAAUAGAAAGUACUAAAUUAGAAAUUGAAGCAAUCCACAACGAAAUGAAAGAUCCAAUUAACAUUCUCAAGUCAUUUUUCAAGAAAACCAAAGAUUUCACUGAUUAUACUAAUCUAGAACUAUACAAAAAGCUCAUCAACAUUUCAGAACUUGCUACAACAUCAUCUGAAAACAAUAAUAAUCAAGAUAUGCAAGAUAUGGCCAAUUUUAUACAAAACGAGAGUAAGAAUUUCAUAAAUAAAGUCAGAAGCACCGCUUAUUCCGAUAUUGAAUCAAUGAUACGUAACUUUUCCGUAUCAAAUCAAAAUGCAUUGAAACAAAUCUUCUUUACGAAGAAUACUACAGCAUCAAUGAAGGCAACACGAUUCUUUACUAUGCUCGAAAAUGUACAAAUCGACCCAGAUUGGCCUGCAGCUAUUGCAGAAUGCGCAUCAAGAAUUUAUCUUUCGAGAAUUCAUUUCCAUACAGAAAAAACGGAAGUCAAAACGAAUAGUAGUACAAUCACUCUUAUCAUCAAUCUACUAAGGAAUACAAUACAAUCAGCUUCUUACGUGUUAUUGGCUGUUGAAAAACAUUUUACAAAAAGUGACAUCAUGAAAUCAUUUACAACAUCAAUUUAUGAUGGGGUCUGUGAUGCGUUGAAUGAUAGUAUUGAGCAUAAUAACAUCCAUAGCUUCAGAACUUUGUUUACUGAAGGUUUUGCUUAUGAUCAAUGGGCAAAUGAAGUUGAAAUUUUAGAUCUUCCUAAACUUUGCCCUCUUUUAUAUGAUUCGUUCGGUGCUGAAUGGGAUAAACUUGAAUAUGAAGCGUUUAAGUAUGGAUUUGAGGAACUUUUGCAAUAUAAUUCAGCAGAAGAUUUUGAAUUGAGACUUGCAACGAUACUGGAUGGAAUAUUUAAGGUAUCUCCUGAUACAUUCAGCGAAACUCAGAAGAUGAGACACUUUAGAGGCUCUUUAGUCCUUUGUUCGAGACAUAUUUUAUCUCAAUUGGACCAAAGACUCAGGAACUAUGAUAAUCUGGUCCAGAACUGUUCAUACAUCAAUGCAUUAUAUAUGAUGUCCAUACAAAUCAGAGAAUAUUAUGAUAUUUCUGAUCAAACUUGUCAAGAUUUGCUGAAAGACAGUGAAGAAAUAGGUAGAAAAUGCCAUGAAUAUGCACAAAAUCUAGGAACAGUUAUUGAAGCUUAUUUUGAACAAGAAGCUUCAACAUAUAUCACUAGAAAGACAAUUAAUCCAAUGAAUGGCGUUGUUUCACAGGAAAUUUCUAAAGCUAUAGAUACAAUAAGUCCAAUGCUACAAAGUAUUAAAGCUAAACUCCACAAACAUCUGUACGAAUUAUCUUUUAUAUCAACAAUACAAAAGAAAAUUGAUGAUAUUCUUUAUAAAUAUACUGUAAAGAAUACUGACUUCAAGAAGAAAGAAGUUGUGAAUCAAUUUUCAAUAGAUGUUGAUGCACUUAUUUUAGCAAUUGGUGGAGAUGACAUGAGGAAGUUGCGUAGUGCUAAAAUAAUUAUAACUCAAAUAGAAGAAAAGUUUUUGGAUGUCGAAAUUUCUGAAUCUGAUAUCCAGAAACUUAUGAUUCAAGCUGGAAUGGGCGGAUAA